UUUAAAUUUUCUUUCUCUUCCUUGUUCUCUUUCUUCUAUCUUCCAUAUGUGUAGGAAAUUGUUUUUUUAAAACAAUCCUCCAAGUUAUAAGUCCGUAGCAAACUAGCAAUUAAUGCAGAGGCCACUUAGUUCUUGUUUUAAGCCCUAUUUUUUUUUCUGAGGAGGAAGAGGCAGAGCAUAGUCCCCGUCGAUAGAAUAACCGGUGAUGCACGUCACGAUACAUGUUUGUUCCUUUGUUAUAUGAGUUGAUUAGCAUGAGCAUUCCUACCUAAACAAGGGACACACUUCCUCUCAUCUUGAAGAACUUUGAACUUCCAAUCAAUCAGUGUUUUCCCCAUUUUGAUUUGUUGUUAACGUAACUUAGCAAAAGCAACUGAGUUAGGGUUUCUGAAUUGCCAUGGCUGAUUUUUUCACCUCGACCCACCGAGCUAAGUGGAUCUUCUCUCCUCAACAGCUGGUUGAGAAAUAUAGAGCUGCUAAUCAGAGAGCCAAACAAAUUCUAGAGAAGAGUGGAGCAACUCUAAUGGAAGUAGAUGUUGAUGGGUCGUUGUCAUAUCCUGAAGCCCAGAUGACCGCAAAGGAUAAUGCUGAAAAGCAUUCUCGGACAAAACCUCUUAGUAUUGAAGAAGAACAAUGCAUAAGGGUAUUUUAUGAAAACAAGCUACAAGAAGUAUGUAACAAUUUUCACUUCCCUCAUAAGAUCCAGGCAACUGCCCUCAUCUAUUUUAAAAGGUUCUACUUGCAAUGGUCGGUGAUGGAACAUCAACCAAAAAAUAUAAUGUUGACCUGCAUAUAUGCUGCUUGUAAGAUAGAAGAAAAUCAUGUAUCAGCUGAGGAGCUUGGUAAGGGGAUUUCACAGGAUCAUCAAAUGAUUCUCAAUAAUGAGAUGAUAGUUUAUCAGAGUUUGGAAUUUGAUCUUAUUGUUUAUGCACCAUAUCGCUCUGUUGAAGGUUUUAUAAAUGAUAUGGAGGAAUUUUGUAAUGCUGGUGAUGACCAGCUUCAAAUGCUCAAGAAUUUGCAAGAUACAGCAAGAUUGGAAGUUGAUAAAAUGAUGCUUACAGAUGCACCACUUUUAUUUCCUCCUGGGCAGUUGGCUUUGGCGGCUUUGCGUAACUCAAAUGCAUUCCAUAAAGUUCUUGACUUUGAUAGUUACCUGAGCAGCAUUUUUUCCCGUCAGAAUUCCAUGCAUACAAUGUCCGAGCUUUUUGAAUCACUGAAUGAAAUUGAUUCUUGGGUUAGAAAAUACAAAGUUCCUUCAGAGAAGGAAUUGAAGCAUAUCAACAGGAAACUGAAGUCUUGUUGGGGUCUUAGCUCCCAUGACGAGGGCAAGAAGCGGGAGAAGAAAUCAAAGCACAAGUCUAAAAAGAGCUCAAAUGAAGCACAAAAUGUGCCAUCUCUUGUAUAACUUUGUAUUCCUUUUAGUUGAGUUACUCAUCUUCUAAAAUUUGGAAUCGAAUUCUUUUGGUUUCUGUUUGGACAUGGAGAAUGACGUAUUGUCUUAAGUGAUUGAUAACAUAUUCCUCAUCCUUGAUGCAAGAGCGUUAGUGACCAAGGAAUCUUUGGAAAACUCCUUCGGUAGGCUUACAAGUGAAUCUGAUUCAAUGACGUUUGUUACUCCACUUAUGUCCGUCGAUUGCCGUUUGUAUGACUUAUUUAUCCCCAAAU